AUGGGUUCAGUCGGUCUCAAUCGUCCCGAGAGGACACUCAUCGGUGGGACACUCGAUAUCUCUCGCAUGAUCAAUGGUCUCUGGCAGCGUGCCGGGGGACACGAUCAGAACACUGAUAUGGAAGAAGCUGUCAAUGUCAUGGAGGAUACGAUCCAGCGCGGGUUAGAUACAUUCGAUAUGGCAGACCAUUACGGCGACGCAGAGCUUAUUAUCGGCCAACACAACACGACCAAAGCCGGUUCAAGCAAAGUAGCAUUCACAAAAUGGUGCCCAGCAGAGAACGGCAUCAAGACCUUUAAAAACGCCGAAGCUGCCGUUGAUCUUGCUCUAAAACGCAUGAACCAGGACAAAAUCGACUUGUUACAGUACCACGCCUGGGACUUCUCUGACAACACCUACCUCCACAACCUCUCUCAUCUCCACACCCUCCAAAAACGCGGCAAAAUCGGCCUUAUAGGCAUGACCAAUACCGACGCCGCGCACCUCAAACUUCUCCUCGACACGGGCUUCUCAAUAGCCACAAACCAGAUCCCUACCAACGUGAUUGACCGCCGCUUGACGCGCGGCCCAUUGAACAAGCUCUGCCUGGAAAACGAUGUCGGGAUUUUGGCUUAUGGGACCUUACUCGGUGGAUUCCUUAGCGAGAAAUGGCUUGGCCAGCCCGAGCCGGAGGAUAUUAACAAACUUAACUGGAGUCUGAGGAAAUAUUUACGCUUUAUCUGGGCUGCUGGUGGUUGGGCAGCUUACCAAAAUGUGCUUGAGGCGUUGAGCACGGUUGCGAAGAGACAUGGUGUUUCCAUUGCAGCUAUUUCUACUCGCUACGUACUUGAUAUUCCGUCUGUAAAGGCAGUUAUAAUUGGAUCGAGACUGUCAUACGACUCUGAAAAAUACAUCGACAAAAACCUCGAGGCGUUCCGAUUGCAGCUUACGAGCGAGGAUAUGGAACUCAUACACAAAGCGCAGGAAGGGCUGAGCGAUAUCCCCGGAGACUGUGGGGACGAAUAUCGCAGACCCCCGUUUUUGACUGCUGCGGGUGAUACGAGUGAUCAUUUAGAUGCAGUUGAGAAGGCGAAACCUGUUAAAGAUGCUAUUGCUGUGGGUAAACGUGUGGAAUAUUCAUCUGGUAGUCCAUGGGAACCCAUUGCUGGCUACUGCCGCGCCGUUCGAACAGGUAACAUAAUCCGCGUCUCGGGCACUACGACGCAAAAGAUCCUACCCACACUUCCAGCUAUCGGCGGAACGUCUGCUGCCAGUCAGACCGUGCACAUACUUGACAUCAUAGAAAAUGCCCUCAAAGCCCUGGGAUCAUCGCUCUCGGACAUCGUGCGCACGCGCAUCAUGGUCCGAGACGCAGAGGUUUGCGAAGAAGUCAGCCGGGCUCAUGGAUGGGUGUUUAAGAAUGCUGGUGUCAGACCUGCUAAUACUUUCGUCACCGCGGGAUUGAUAGGGGAUGAGAUGCUAGUAGAAAUCGAAGCGGAGGCAGAGAUUGGGUGUGCCAAGGAGGGGGUUUUGAGAAUUUGA